AGACAAACUGUUCAUCCAACAAAGAUGAAAAUGUUUUUGUGUCUUCUAUUGAUCGAAGCCGUUGGUGCUCGAGUUGCUCCAGCUUCAGUUGUUCUAGCUCCAGUUGAUUCUGAAGGGCAACAUUGCGGUAUCGUUGAAUGCCGUCCGGGUUACGACUGCGUCGGUGGAAAAUGUGUCAAAGAUUAUCCAAAUUCGUGCACAACGAUCAAAUGCCAAGCUGGAUACCAGUGCACCAUUAAAAAUGGCAAAGGAGGUUGUUAUCCGGUUUCUAAUAAAUCUCUUGACUUGUGCGUUUUCACAACAUGCCCUAAAAUGUCCUCAUGCAUAGUGGUGGAUGGGAAGGCAAAAUGUGUUCCACGAUCUCCUCCGUGCACUAUCAAGCAAUGUCCUAAAGGACAAAAGUGUGGACUGAGAAAUGGACUGUCGACAUGUGUUCCAGAAUUUUCCUACGAGCCAGCCAACAUGGAACAGCUUAAUUGAACCAUUGAACUAAUAAUUGAACUCGAAUAAACUUUUUUGCAUUAAA